CCGGGUACAUACUUUUACCAUGGACACUACGGGAUGCAAAGAUCGGCGGGCUUGUACGGCAUGCUGAUAGUUGACGUGGCACAAGAAGAGAAGGAAAUAUUACAAUACGAUGGGGAGUUCCACGUGUUGCUCAGUGAUUGGUGGCACAAGUCAACGCAUGAACAAGAGGUUGACCUUUCAUCAAGGCCCAUGCUUUGGAUUGGCGAGCCACAG